AUGGCGAUUGAAACCAAGCAGCCAGUUGAAACGAAGCUGUUCAUCAACGGAGAGUUUGUGGAUGCAUCUGACAAGAAAACGUUUCCGCUUAAAUCUCCCUGGACUCAUGAAGUGGUAGCAUACGUUGCGGAAGCAACUAUCGACGACACCAAUGCAGCAGUUGCCGCAGCCAAGGCCGCGCAGCCUGCAUGGGCUAAGCUGUCACCAAAGCAGCGAGGACAGCACCUGAGGAUAUUCGCAGGCCUACUUCGCGAGCAUGGGGAGGAAUUAGCUCGUUUAGAGGCUGUUUCUAUGGGCAGGCCGGUGAGCGGGUAUGCUGAUCAUUUGAUUGCCGCGAACCGCUUCGAGUAUUAUGCCGAAGCCGGAUACACCGUCCAAGGCCAGUCGAGUUUGAACACACCUGGUCAACUGAAUGUCACACUACGGCAGCCGUUUGGUGUCGUAGCAGCAAUUAUCCCAUGGAACGUCCCGCUUGUUGCAUUUUCUGGGAAAGUUGGUCCAGCUCUGGCAGCAGGCAACACAGUUGUCUUGAAAAGCAGUGAAAAAGCCCCCCUGACGUCAAGCAAAGUUGCCGAGUACAUCAACCAAGCUGGCUUUCCGCCGGGCGUCGUUAAUAUUCUCUCGGGACACGGCCAUAUCAGCGGCGCAGCCCUGGCCUCCCACAUGGACGUUCGGGCUCUCUCGUUCACAGGUUCCACACGAACAGGUCGCUUGAUCCAGGAAGCUGCAGCCAAGUCGAACAUGAAGAAUUUGAUCUUCGAACUGGGAGGGAAGUCCCCAGCAGUCAUUUUCGAAGACGCAGAUCUGGAGAAAGCUGUCCCCGCAACGGCACACAGUAUUCAGUGGAAUAGUGGUCAGGUUUGCAUGGCAAACUCGAGAAUAUACGUCCAACGUUCCAUCGCGCCGGCCUUCAUUGAGGCAUUCAAGAAGUCAUUCGGAAGAGUGCAUCUUGGAGACCCAACGGAUCCAGCAACCAAUCACGGCCCGCUGGCUGAUGCUGCUCAAGCAGAUAUCGUCACUCGAUAUUUGGAGAUGGGGAAGCAGAGUGGUCAACUAGUCUUGGGUGGCGAUUUCGAGCCCAACACCUUUACCGUCAAGCCCACCAUUUUCACUGACACACCCGAGGACUCCAAAAUUCUCAAAGAGGAAGUCUUCGGUCCUGUUGUCCAUAUAAACACUUUUGAUACGGAGCUGGAAGCCUUGGAUAAAGCCAAUGGAAGCGAAUACGGAUUGUAUGCCGCUGUGUAUACGAGGGAUGUCGGUCGGGCCUUGCGAUUCGCCAUAGGUCUUGAAUCAGGGACAGUCGGGGUCAAUUGCACUUCUCCGGUGACAGGGUUUGAUAUGCCAUUUGGCGGCUACAAAGGAAGCGGCAUUGGCCGUGAAGGCAUUAGGGAAAGCUUGGAUGGUUUUCUUGAGAAGAAAUCGGUCUUGCUCAUGCUCAAUUAA